AUGGAAGCGCUGUGCAACGCCAGCGAACCGCCUCUGCGCCCGGAAGCGCGGACGUCCGACGGGGAGCUGCAGUUCCUCGGCUGGAACGUGCCCCCCGAUCAGAUUCAAUACAUUCCGGAGCACUGGCUGACCCAGUUGGAACCGCCCGCCUCCAUGCACUACAUGCUGGGCGUCUUCUAUAUAUUCCUCUUCUGCGCCUCGACGCUGGGUAACGGCAUGGUCAUCUGGAUAUUCAGUACAUCCAAAUCGCUCAGGACUCCGUCCAAUAUGUUUGUGCUCAACCUGGCCGUCUUCGACCUGAUCAUGUGCCUCAAGGCGCCGAUCUUCAUUUACAACAGCUUCCAUCGGGGAUUCGCCUUGGGCAAUACCUGGUGCCAGUUAUUCGCCUCCAUCGGCUCGUAUUCGGGCCUCGGAGCUGGGAUGACGAACGCGGCCAUAGGAUACGAUCGUUACAAUGUGAUCACCAAGCCAAUGAACCGGAACAUGACCUUCACCAAGGCGGUGAUAAUGAACAUUGUCAUCUGGCUGUACUGCACGCCCUGGGUUGUCCUGCCGCUGACGCAGUUUUGGGAUCGAUUCGUGCCAGAGGGCUACCUCACUUCCUGUUCCUUCGACUAUCUUUCGGACAACUUCGACACCCGCCUGUUUGUGGGCACGAUCUUCUUCUUCGGCUUCGUGUGUCCCACGCUGAUGAUCCUGUACUAUUACUCGCAGAUUGUGGGUCAUGUGAUUAGCCACGAAAAGGCACUGAGGGAGCAGGCCAAGAAAAUGAACGUGGAGUCGCUGCGUUCCAAUGUGGACAAGAGCAAGGAGACGGCGGAGAUCCGGAUAGCCAAGGCGGCCAUCACCAUCUGCUUCCUGUUCUUUGUGUCCUGGACACCCUACGGAGUAAUGUCCCUCAUCGGGGCCUUUGGGGACAAGAGCCUCCUCACUCCAGGAGCCACAAUGAUCCCGGCCUGCACCUGCAAGCUGGUGGCAUGCAUAGACCCAUUUGUGUACGCCAUUAGUCACCCCAGAUACCGCAUGGAGUUGCAGAAACGUUGCCCCUGGCUGGGCGUCAACGAAAAGUCAGGGGAAAUCUCAUCGGCUCAAUCAACUACCACACAGGAGCAGCAGCAGACAACGGCGGCCUAGAAUCAAGGAUAACUCUACUCUCACACAACUGGUAUCGUGAUACAAAGCCUAGGGAAACUAUAAAAGAACCGAAGACGAAAUAUUGAACAAUUAAUAUUAUAAUUUGUAGAGCAACAUUCCUGAGUUUAUAGAAAAUAAAUAGUAAGUUAUGGCAAAGCAA